AUAUGUUUUGAAUUACAAUAUGUUUCGAUAUCGUUGAAAACGUAUUUCCUUGCAUGCAUCGGAGCGAAUGUCUUCAGUUGAUGGAAGGCAGUUACAAACAAUAUAUUAAUGAAUUGUUGGUCGUGCUUUAUAAACUUUGUACGUUCUUUACCCAUUGUUUUGAUUUUUUCGGUAGAUAUAUCUUAAUGUAUAAGCAGAAAUAUAUUUCCUGUCAGAGAUCACCAGUACAUUAAAAUUUCAGUGUUUAAAUGGCAAUCACACUGAAAGUGAUUUCCUGAUGGUUAUGAUGCUUAAGGCAGUUAAUCUUUCCUUAAAAUCACCCUGUCUGCCAAAGUUUUAAUGGCAAUCAGAUAUUUGAUACAUUUCUGGUGAUUCCUUAAAUCUUGUGACUGUGCCUACUCUGUUUUGUUUGUAGAAAAAGGCUUUUUUAUCUAAAUUUCUUAAUCUCAUCUUCAUCAAUCGAUAAGGAAAGCCCAAAAACAUUGUAAGGUAUCAUUACAUCUGUUGACUCAGUUUUGAUAUAUUUGAAAUUCUGCUCAAACAAAUAACUACCUGAAAACAGCCAAUCACAAAAACCAAAACACAGGAACAAUAUUUCAAAAGAAGGUCCACAAAAAACAUUUACUCUCGAAAGUGCAUUCCUUUGCAAAAGCAUGGCCUUAAUCCAUUAAAAGUGCCAACCUUCAAAAAUUUACUCUUCCCUCAAAAAAUCUUGGAUGAUAAAAAACAGUAUAGGGAUAAAGAUUGAAAUUGGUUAUGUUUCUAAAGAAUAUGGCACUAAAGAAUAUGUUUUUUUCAUGCAUACAUUCAUAGAUGUAUUUUAUUGCCAAAAUGUUUGCUUGUAGUGUCAGAGCUUGUAGUGUCAAAAUGUUUGCUUGUCUAGCAUCUAUUAUCAUAGCUUGAAGCUUUCCUGGAACAAUGAGGUCAACUUCAUGCUUAUGUUUCCCUGUUUGACUUUCAAACAGUUAAUUUUUGAUGAAUAACACUUGAUGAAAUGAAGAAAAAUUUGCCCCUUAAAAAACAUAGUUACUGGAUAGAUGCUUGAAAAUGGCUUUGAAAAAAAGUAAACAUUUUAUAACAUAUUGACUAAAAGCUUUUUUGUCUGACCUUCCUCAGAGCAUAAAACAUCAGAAUAGAUUUAAGGGUCUGGAAGAACAGAUAAAAAAUAUAUACCCAGUUGUUGAUCGAAAUAGGCCAAUCAUAAAAACUCAAGCACAAGACCAGGGUAUGGUUCCUUCCAACAUGUGAAACAAAACUGCCCCUCAAAGAGAACAGCCUCUUCAAUCUUGUAGGUCUGGAAAUGUCAGAUGAACUGAGGGAUGUCAGACAAAUCUGUUAUAAAUUUUGUGCUAUUAUCAAAGCCAUUUUUAAGUUCUGGAUAAAUACUUGUCAUGAGAAAACCAAGAACUGCUCAUUGGUUAGCUAACUUAUAUGCACCUAACUAUUGUUUGUCAAGUCAAACUUUUUACAAGGCCAAGUGAUUCAAUAGAGGUCAGCUUUGAUUUAGGUUUCAUUUGGCUGUAUACCUCUACAAUAGAGCAAAUCAAGUAUUUGGGGUGUACAGAAGAAAAAAUGUCAAAUGUGUUGCAGUAUCAGAAAACAGGACUAUCUGUAGUUCAAGCAAUGACUUGAAGUUAAUAUUAUAGGCAAUCUUUCUCAAUUUCCACAAGCAAUUUUCAAGUAAAAUAAUCAUAUAUUAUGUUGUUUAUUCAGCAAUAAAAAUCAUCACAAAGCUAAAAUGUUACAUGGUAUAACUUAGACAUAGUGAAAAGUACAAUUAAAAUACAGUGUCAGAAUGUACAGGUGUGAUUAAUUCAGCUCUCAACUUGUUGGUGGUGGCUUUAAUUACUUAUUUCGAUAGCUUUUGAGCUCUAAGUUGAAGGUGCAAUCACCUGUAACAGAGAACACCACUUAAAAUUGUCUUUUAAAGGGUUAAGUACCUGUUCUUAUAUAAAUACACGUUCUGUUAUUUUUGCACUUUACCUUCUUUGAAACUUUCACAUUAGAUUUUUAAUGAAAAAGAAAAAGAAAACACAUUGAGCACUUUGUACUUAAAGAAGAGCCUGACAUCAAAUUUUUGCCACACCAUAAGGAAUUUGGAAAACACUCCAUUUUUUAAAUGCGCUUGAAAAAGCUAUGGCUUUUUUACAUGGCAAUAUUUGACUAAUCAAACAUUUUUUUGGCUGACCCCAUUCUACAACUGUCUAUUUCCUUCACAAUUCCUCUUAUAUUUAUAUUCUGAAUUGUGUCAGGUGCUUUCACUUGACCUGUAAAAAAUGAUUUUCCAAAGUUGUUAGCAAGUUUCAUAAAAUAAUGAACAGUAUUCAAAAAUUUAUGUGCUCCUAGGAGCAAAAUCACUAAAAUCUGUUUUUCAGUAUUUCAGUUUGUUAAGGAUUUAAGUACUUAAGCAUUUCAGUAUCUAUUUUAUUUGAAAUAUCUAAAGUACAUGAAUGACUUAAUAUAAACCCUUAUGUAAAAAUAUUGAAAACGGGAAAAAUUGGAAAAAAAUUCUGCAUAGGGGCAAAUGAAGCGAGCAAAAGAGUUUGUACCCCCCUGAGAAACUAAUUUUAUUGCAGAUUUGCACUUUUCUCAGAUACCAACUUUCUAAACAUUCAGGAGGGCAGUCACUCCUCUUUGCGCAAUGCUCCCUACCCUACUGAAAAGCAUACAUGCUGCUGUUAUGCUGUGUAUUUUUCUAUCAUUUAUCAAAGAACUGCAUUGUUUUUCAAACAUUUAUAGUUUAACAGGUAAUCAUAAAUUGCUACUUGCCAUUUAAACCCAAACAUUCCUCAAUUGGGCUAACAGAUCCUGCAAACUAAGAAAUACAACAUUUGUAAUUUUUUGUCUGUUUUUUUCUUCAAAUAUAAUGAUAAAGGCAUUUGAAACCAUGAGAUGCAACAGUUCUCUUGAAAAUAUUACUAUCUGUUAAUUAAUUUAUAAUUUUAUUUUUUACUUUUUUAUAUUCUAUCUAAUUGAAGCUAAUAUUGUAUUCAUUUGCUAUCUCACUUGCCAAAUUUAAUCCAACCAAGACUGAUUGUUUUAUCUUAAGAAAAAUUAACCAAGUUUGUUGAUAUUUAGGAAUAGGGAAAAAACAUUCCAAUUUGUAGCAUAAUACAUUGGUUUAGGUUAUCAAAUAAUUGUCAGAUAGAAAAAUAUCAGAUAGAAAGGACACCAGCUGCUACUGAAUGGGUAAAUAUGGGCUCAGCCCUCUGCAAAUUUUAAUUCCUGCGUUUGCAUUAUUUAAAUGCUGCCCUCUUCUAAUAGUGAUAUUUUCCUUGGGUAACUUAAAAUAAUAUGAUAUUUUUUCAACAAAAAGUGGGAUGAUUUUUAAAUUACCUCUAAACCACCAUUGAUGCUGUCAAAGCCAUAUUGGCAUACAUGGAUCUAAGCUUACCCAUGGUGAUUUCUUAUGGCUAUAAAUAGUAACCUAUUUUUUGCUAACUAUAAAUCAUGGACAUCGUCCUUUUCAUACUUUUCUCCAAUCAGUCAGCCUAAUAUAGCUGUUCCGAAGUUUCCUUAAUUAAAUCCCGUUUAUUUAGCUAUUACCUCUUGAUUUCAUUGUCGACAGACAAAUUUAUUGGUUCUUAUUUUGCCCUUCUAUUUGCAUUUGUCAUUUAGAUCCGGCAUAAAUAACAUAUUUGUUUAAAACAAGCAAUUUCAUCACUUAAGGUCCUUUUGAAUAUGGGCAAACCGACACCUGAUGCUCUAGUUAUAACAGGAGUGGAUGUAAUCAGAUUGUAAUAUUAUAUAGUAGCGGGCUAUUAAUUACAGUAGGGCGAUUCUCUUUCAUCACUUUGGUUUCACCAGCUGCAAGAGCUGCGCAAAAACCAAGCACUGUUCAUAGUCGCGAGACUAUAUCGACUUUGGCAAGUGUCGGCCUCAUGUUUAAUGCUCUUCCUGUCAGUUGGCGAUUACCUGUUGUUUGUUCACCACCAAGAAAUAGAUGCAAUUAAAGAUCUAGUGGAGUAACUACAUUUAUCAAGAAAGGAGGACGUUGGUUCUAUGGAUGCCUCAUCUAAUUUGUAUAUGCUGAUAUAGAAAGAUAAGACUCAACUGCAGUGAAGAUCUAGACAAUACAAGAUGAAUGCCAGCAAGCCAUUGAUCACUACCCAAAGACCAUUGCAAAUUUCCUCAUUGAAUGAAACGAUGCAAGUACUGAACAGCACUUUGGCAGCUGUUGCCAAUUUCACACUGAUGCCUGUGAUAAGCAGUGGCAGUGAUAAUGCAUCAUCCUCGCUCGCACCGCUAACAUCCUCACCCUCCACCGCUUCAGAUAAAUGCAAAGCGUUUGCAUAUAAUUUUCACGAAAAUAUUCCCAUUUCUGCUGUUUGUGGGUUGUGCUUUAUUAUUGGCCUUAUUCUGGUACUUGUAGGUUACCGGGCAUUUAGAUUUUCGAUGUUCAUUAUGGGCCUAUCUCUUGCCAGUGUCCUGACAUAUCUUGUCCUAAUAAAUAAGACAAAACUCGGAUUAACUUGGACAUCGCCAAUUGCUGCUGGAGCUGGCCUCUUUCUCGGACUCUUUGCUGCCUCGAUUCCAGUUCUCGGUCUUAUAAUCGCAAGUAUUAUACAAGGACUGUUUUUCACAGUUAUCGUUUUGUUCAUCAUCACUCUGUUCUUCACGGAUCACGUUAUAUGGAUUUGCGUCGGAAGUCUCGGUGGCCUAAGCAUCAUAUUUACCAUUUUUAUGUUCCUGAAACAAAGACAGGCCGCAAUUGUUUACAUCACCAGCUAUGGAGCCAUCCUGAUCAUGAUUGCGGCUGACUACUUUCUGGACUUGUUCCUUAUAGCGAACUAUGCAUAUAGUUUGAUCUUGCAGGUGGAGGGCCGCAAGCCUUGCUGGUUUUCAUGGACACUGUUCGCAAUGUGGCCGUUCCUUUUGAUACUUGGUUGCUGUGUGCAGAUUGUGAAAACUGCCCGCGGAUAUUAUCACAGUCCUGCUCUGCAGAAGAAAGCACAGGAAAACAAGUACAAAACUGACAGUACGGGGAGGUCAAGACGUCUUUAUGACAAUGGAGAUGUGAUUGCCCAGGCUUGGAUUCAAACGACUGAUGAUACUCUGGACAAGAGGCGAAGUUUUACACCUGUACACGAAUACGAUUCCGCUGACGACAAAGAAAGUACAACAUUGGUAUAAAACUGAUUGCUUACCUGAAACAUUUGUUGAGUAGUUUUCAAGAUGAUUUUCGCUCAGACACCUUUGUUGAGAAUUCGUCAAACAACUUACUGUAAAGCAUAUUUAAAGGACAGCCUCUCUUGCAUUUUUGUGGAUGAAAAUAUUCACUGUGGAGGAGUAGCGAUGGCCCUCAGUUAUCAAAUCUUUAUUCUAAUCUUUAUUGAAAUAAGAUUUUUCUGUUCAUGUUUAUUGACUGAAUUAGUUUUAUUACAAAGUUCUGUGAAUUAUAAUACAGGAUGAGAACAUCAAGAAACAAUUUUUAAUUUUAUUCUUAUUUGCCAAGCCUCCUAUAUUGAUUUAUUUAUACUUGAAGCAAAAUGUAUUGGCAAACCGUUUGUUUUAAAAUUUUAUUUUUUCCCUAGCCCUUAUCAAUAAGGUCACUUUGAUCUAAAUUCUAACGACUUCUGACAUCAUAGCCAACUAUUAACUGGCUUCCCAACUAUUUCAGCACAUUUUGUGAGUUUUAUGGCAUAUGCUCAGCCCCCCAUCCUCCCCCCCAAUUUUUAAAAGGCUCUCGGCUGCAGUCACGAAAAACAGUGCAACCUAAGAAUGGUAAUAUGAAUAUUUCAAGAGAAUCAACAAAAAUAUUGCCGUUUACAAUGUUAAAAAUCUAACGUUUUCAUGUCGUUUAUCAUACAAAGAUAAAUUAUUUGCCAGAAACCGAAUCCCUCGGGUCGUUAAAAGUUUUCGUUCUAAGCUUAAGUUCAAUCAUGAAUGUUUGUUCUGGUUUAUUUAGCUCAAAUCUGUAAGUUGGUCAGUCUAGUAUGUUCAGAAUUUUCGUAAAUAAGGUCCUAGGAUUUUUACCCAGUUGCAUGUGCUUCAAAAGGUGGAACAACUGUAAAGAAAAACGUUUCUUUUAUUUGAAGCCUUACUACCGUCUAAAAGGGGUUACGAAUUCUGGCCUUUUGACCACGCUAGGACCUGGCUGUCCUGUCUUGUAAAUUGUCAACAGAUCCAUUUUGCUUUCAUCUCAGUAAUGUCUUAAAAUUUCAUUUCCGUUUAGCAGUAAGUAAGUAUUUAGCCCUGUAUAUUUAGAUGUUUUUAUUCGUUAGUUUCCUUAACAGUAAAUUUGUUCGAAACUAAUGUUGUUUAAAGUUGUGAACUAGUUUUGCAUCUUCCUUUUUCCUUACCUAUAAGAAUUCUUUUUAAAAGAGAAAAAAGGAACUAGUAUUUUGGAAGGUUUAUGAUUGCUUAUGAAUCAAGUUCUAUUUGUUUAGAUUAUUUGUCAAUAUUAUGAGUAGUUUUACAUUCUGCGAUAUUAAUGAGUAACUUCAAAAAUAAAACGUUCCUCUCUUUCAAACUGUACAUUAUUAGCAUUAAUUCGUUUUAGGCUAGAAAUAUUUGUGUUGUAUAGAAAUGGAAGGUUGAGCUGUUGCUCUGUAAAAUUCUUUGUUUAUUAAAUAUCAAUUUGUAGUGUUUGUGUGUAUCAGAAAUGACACAAUG